CAGCUACUUCCCGGAUGAAGGGCAGCCCUGAAGCCAGCAGCCCCAUAGCCAGGGUCCCUCCAGUCUCCUUGCAACUCCCUAACAGCCCAGACCUGCAAGACCUUCAGGACUAAAGGUGCAUCCAAGAGAAAUCCAGGUGCUUGCUGGUCCUCAUGUCAGUCAGACCCAGCUUGGGGCCAGGCCCCUCUGAAGGGCCCACUGCAGCAUCUGACAGUGAAGAGUUCCACAACUGGGCAGAACUGCUCUCCUUCUUCAACCACACUUUAUCCGAGUGCCAUGUGGAGCUCAGCGAGGACACCAAGCGAGUGGUCCUCUUUGUCCUCUACUUGGCCAUCUUUGUGGUUGGGCUGGUGGAGAACCUCCUGGUGAUAUAUGUCAACUGGCGUCGCUCAGGCCGGGCUGGGCUGCUAAACCUCUAUGUCCUCAACAUGGCCAUCGCAGACUUGGGCAUCAUCCUGUCCCUGCCUGUGUGGAUGCUGGAGGUCAUGCUGGACUACACCUGGCUCUGGGGAAACUUCUUUUGCCGCUUCACUCAUUACUUCUACCUUGCCAACAUGUACAGCAGCAUCUUCUUCCUGGUGUGCCUCAGUGUCGACCGCUACAUCACCCUCACUAAUGCCUCUCCCUCCUGGCAGCACUGCCAGCACCAAGUGCGUCGAGCCAUAUGUGCAGGUGUCUGGGUCCUCUCGGCCAUCAUCCCAUUGCCUGAGGUGGUCCACAUACAAUUGGUGGAGGGGUCGGAGCCCAUGUGCCUCUUUAUGGCACCUUUUGAAACCUAUAGCACAUGGGCCCUGGUGGUGGCCCUGUCGACCACCGUCCUGGGCUUCCUGCUGCCUUUCCCUCUCAUCGCAGUCUUCAACGUUCUGACAGCCUGCCGACUUCGGAGCCAGGGACAGCCUCAGGGCCGGCGGCACUGCCUGCUUGUGUGUGCCUACAUAGCUGUCUUUGUCAUUUGCUGGCUACCCUAUCAUGUGACUCUGCUGCUGCUCACUCUGCAUGGGACCCACAUCUCCAUCCACUGCUACCUGGCCCACCUGCUCUAUUUCUUCUAUGACAUCAUUGACUGCUUCUCCAUGCUGCACUGUGUUGCCAACCCCAUCCUUUACAACUUUUUCAGUCCAAGCUUCCGGGACCGGCUGCUGAGUGCUGUUGUCCGUUACCUUCCAAAGGACCAGACCAGGGCCCGUGCACGGGCUUCCUCUUCUUCCUCUUCCACCCAGCACUCCAUCAUCAUUACCAAGGAGGGCAGUCUGCCCACUGCAGCCACUGCCCCCAGCCUCACGCAAGCCUGAACUCCCAGGCACCCUCUCUGCUUCCAAAUGCCUCAUCUCCAUUUGGCAGUCUCAUAGCCAGCUGAGGUAGAUGCCAGGCUCUUCCAUGAGCCAAGUAAAAGACUGGAGGGGGAGGCGAGAAACUUGGGGGGAGGGAAAGGGUCAGAAUACUCAUGAUAUAUCAGAAAAUACUCAAGAGGG